UGCCGUCAUCCAGGAAGAAGUUUCUGCUCCAGUCUUUUCUUAGCCACAGCAACAAGCGACUCUUCCACACUACCACCGCAGUUAUGCCCAAGUCGAGCAUCAUGCUUCUAGCAGUCUGGAUGUUUCCCAUAACUAUCACAUGGAGUUCAUGGGCCCAAGCCUCACCCGCCCCUCCCCUCGCUGCAGCGCUCAGCCAGCCCAGUCAGGUCUUUCCCUCAUCCAACACAGACAACGACUCAGUGGAUUUGUCCGAGAAGGAAUUAGGAAAUUUUUUCUUCCCAGGAAGCCAGACAUGGAUAGACAGUGUUGACGAUUUUUACCGCUUAAGUAAGGAGGGCUCCAACAGAGGCUUCGAUGGUAGAAAUUACUUAAGGUUCGGCCGGUCUGUAGAUCGCCACAACAACUCGACCCCCUCACCCAGAAAAGUCGACCUCAUGACCCGUGCUGAGCGAGAUGCAUCUGCAGUCCACCAUGUCAACUCUCCUGAGUUAGGGGAGAUAACUUCUCAGCGCAUGAAGAGAGGUGCUCCAAGCAUAUAUGUGUCACUGCCAUCUCAUAGUCCCUCCGCCUGGGCCAGAGACAUCCGCCCUGAGGACAAGAUAAUCAAUGUAGCCUCUUAUGAAGAUUUACAGGACAUUAACAAACGCCGAUAUAAGCAAGGACUUCCACACUUUGACAGUGAUAACAACUUUCUCAGGUUUGGCAAGCGGGACCAAUCUGCUGAAUUCCCAGCAUCAUCUUCCUCCGAAUACAGUGGGUCCAUGUUGAUACUGAGGCCCGUGAGGGUGCCCCUGGGAAAUUUUAUCAGGUUCGGUUAAACAGGAAGAACCCAUGAUGAACACUUCUCAUUAUUCCCACAUCGAUUUCCUACUGACGUCUGACCUGGUUAUGGUGGUGUACAAAUAUCUAGCGUUAUCUUAAGCAUCAGUUACUAUAGCACUGAUGAAAAGAAUAAUGGCUCCUUUAUCUCAAAAAAUAGCAGGUAAAUAUGUUUCACUGAAUGAAUUAUAACACUGCACAUACAUCUUAAAGCAUUGUUAGUUAAAAGAUUUUUAACAGCUUGAUGGUCUUAGUUAUAAAAUUUAUUUAUUAUGAAAAACAUAGUUUUCAAAACUUCUUUUGAGAGGAUACAUGCAAAAGACAGUUGAAUAAUCAUCAUUCUUAGAUGACUCACGAAAUCGUAAUGACACGAUUGCUAACGCGACGGUCUGGAGUUUUGAGACUCUCUGACCGCGGGUUCAAAUCCCGCCCGUGGUAUGGAUCAUUCUUAGAUAUAAAUAACUCAAUAUUUUUACUAUUCUUUAAAUAUUUUUUUCGGAUGAUAUAUAAUUUUAAUGAGAAUAUUUAUCGUAAUCACUGUGUUGUUGCGAACUUUAAAGUGUUAAGAAAUCCUGAAACUAAUUGAUUCAUUUUCAGACCAAUGAACCUAAUCAAUAAAUGAUCUGAGGCAACUUUUUGUACGGCUUAUUUACACUGCCUAAAAUCACAAAAAUACACACAAAUCUGACAUAUAUAGUGUGUUAGCUGAUACUAUACCUUCCUAGAUCCAACUCAGCCCCCCUUAACCCUCUUCACAUUCCUCAAAUACUUUAAGUAAUGAUUAACAGAAUGAAAUAAGCUAUACUGUAAUAAAUUUGCCUGAUAGAAUAGUAAAAAAGUGAUUGGUGAAUUUCAAGGUGUCCAAAUGAAACCCUAUUUUUCUUCUAUUGAUCUUUUUCUCUCAUAACUACAUUUUCAAUAAGGUGUCAAUUUUUAAGAGCAUAUCCCCACGUCAUAAGGUUUCUACAUUUCUUUUUAAAUUGUAAAGCUGUUUUAGCUCUGCAUAAUCGUAUGGUUUGUCUAAUAUCAACUCUCAAAUGUUUUAAUAGACAAGAAUUCAGUGAAAACCUUUUUUUCUAACAUUUUGAACAGUGGUAUGGUUUCUCUCCAGUGUAAACUGAAGUAUUAAUUUAUUUAUUUAUUUUAUGUCUUUGCAAAUUACAUUGAGAUUUUGUAUUUACAAUAGUGGGUUGCAAUGCAAAGAGAGCCUAUAUUAUGCGUAGGCAUUAUGUUAUUAGCGCGGAUUUUCUCGAAAAUGCUUUCAGACAGUCUGAACAUUUUUGUGGCUUCUCUGCUGUGUGAAUUUUCCUGUGUUGUGCAAGACAAGACUGCUAUGAAAACUCUUUUAGACACUCUUACUUGGAGUUUACUUGGAGAGAGUUUCGGGGGUCAACGCCCCCGCGGCCCGGUCUGUGACCAGGCCUCCUGGUGGAUCAGCGCCUGAUCAACCAGGCUGUUGCUGCUGGCUGCACGCAAACCAACGUACGAGCCACAGCCCGGCUGAUCAGGAACUGACUUUAGGUGCUUGUCCAGUGCCAGCUUGAAGACUGCCAGGGGUCUGUUGGUAAUCCCCCUUAUGUGUGCUGGGAGGCAGUUGAACGGUCUCGGGCCCCUGACACUUAUUGUGUGGUCUCUUAACGUGCUAGUGACACCCCUGCUUUUCAUUGGGGGGAUGUUGCAUCGUCUGCCAAGUCUGGAUACUGAUAUGGCAUCUCACCAGUGUGAAUUCUUAUAUGCAUUAUUAGACUUUUUUAGAGAAGUGUUUUAGACAUUCUGAACACUGGUGUAAUCUUUCCUUAGUAUAAAUUCUCAUAGUAUAUGAUACUAUUUGUGAUUAUUGUGUGCAAAGCUUCUUAAGCACACUGAACACUGAUCGGGUUUCUCCCCUGUAUGAACUCUCCUGUGUAUCUUUAGACUUGACCUGCUGGAAAAGAGCUGUAGACACAGCUGUGAAUGAUCCGAAGUUUUUAGAACACAUGGAACACUGAUAUGGUUUUUGUUUUGUAUGAACUCUCGUAUGCCUUACGAGCGCUGAUCUGGUAGCAAAAUCUUUUACACAUACUGAACAUUGAUAAGGUUUCUUACCUGUAUGUUUACCUGGAGAGAGUUCCGGGGGUCAACGCCCCCGCGGCCCGGUCUGUGACCAGGCCUCCUUAGGUCAGUGUCCCAGGAUGCGACCCACACCAGUCGACUAACACCCAGGUACCCAUUUUACUGAUGGGGAACAUAGACAACAGGUGGAAAGAAACACGUCCAAUGUUUCUACUCUGGCUGGGAAUCGAACCCAGGCCCUCGCCGUGUGAAGCGAGAGCGUUAACCACCAGGUUAAUUUCUGGUUUACUGAUGAAGUCCUUUAGACACACUGCACACUGAUAGGGUUUCUCUCUAGCAUGAACUCUCAUGAGUAGUUCUAGAUAUGAAUGCCGUGAAAAGCCAUUUAGACACUCGGAAUACUUAAAUGGUUUUCACUUGUAUGAGUGCUCAUAUGAUGUAAUAUAUGCCACUGCCAAGAAACAUUUUUUAAACAUGCUGCACAAUGAUAUGGUUUCUCUUUUGUGUGAACUCUCAUG